CGUCUACGAGUUAUUAUAGUGUCUACUUACUUACUAGUUUGGCUUGAAGGAUGCAUAAGUUAUUUGUGAUAUUCAGUAUUAUUAAUUUAUCAUUGCCGUUUUGUGUUUCAAUAUCAUGUCCACCUUGUCCUAAAAAUGAAUACAAUAGAAUACCAGCAUAUAUCCUGUGUAUAUUAGGAUUCAUGUCGAUACUGCUUAUUGUAGUGUUGAUAUUAUUAAUAUACGUGUUAUUGAAGACGAACUUCCUGAAACUCAAGCAUACUACACAACCAGCUGAAAAUUUUGAAGAAAGUGAUGCUAAGUGCCCAAUGUGUCAGAAAAAAACAGCAGGAGGAAUACAUUUGGAAAAAAAUAGGGGUGAUUUAAAAAAUGAAAACGAUAGUGUUCAAUUUCAUACUUUAAAAAGACAAGAGAGUGAAGUUAUAAUAACAAAUGAUUUCAACACUCUACGAAGUCCUAAGAAAUCAGAUGGUUCGGGUAAUAUUUCUCCAAGAAUUAUCAAAGGUGUUGCUAAAGAUUUACCAUAUAUAUUACCGGAACAAAUGACGCUAAUUUGCAAAGAAGUGUUAAAACGUGCUGCUAAAAACGAUUCAAUAAACAGUCUUCAAAACAUAGAUCAAUUAGUAAAUGAAAGCAAACCUAAGGAUGAAAUAGUUUUGAAAUGUGCAUCAACCCCAGCUUUAGAUUUGUAUGACAGUCCUAUAACACCCCACAUUGAUAGAAAAAUUCAAUUUGAUAAGAAUUGUUCUACAGACUCGGGUGCUAGAACAUCAACGAUUAGUAAAACGGAUGAAGGUUUAGAAAGUAGAAGUAAUUCAGCAGAUGACAAACCAGAACCCACUUUGGAAAUAUACGACUUUUCUAAAGAACCAAAUAACAUAUACGAUACGUUUCCACGGGAGAAAAGUGUAAAAGUAGAAAAUCUAUCAGGCUAUGUAACACCAUGUUUUGAAAAUGAAUUGUCAUCAGGACAUUUUAAGCCUAAAGAGGAAAAGCAUAAUUAUGCCGAGAUAAAAGAUAUUUCGUCCGAACAAAGUACGAUUAAAAAUAAGUGUAUAGAUUACAAUGAAUAUGACAAUCCAAAGAAUGCAAAUGAAUUAAACAAAAUGUACAUGAACGCGAAUGACGUAAAAUGCAAUAAAAUACAUGAAGUAAUAUGAAAGUUGCAUCUUGUAUGCAUCCCGGAGGAGUCAUACUAAUAGAUUUUAAUAGAGAGAAGUAGUGCGUGAGAUAGACGCCAAUUACCAAGACGAU